ACACUUUAGUCCUCCAUCAACACUGCACACACUUUAGUCCUCCAUGAACACUGCACACACUUUAGUCCUCCAUCAAGUCCUUCUGCUCCUGGCUCGCGGCGAAAUCAUGAAACGCUGAAUUUCAAAGCUUGACGGAUUUUUUUUUAAAAAGGAUACACUUCUUGGGUAACUUUUUCCCCCCACACUUACUAAACUACAUUUAGCGCGUUUAAAUAUGGAGCGAAUUCCUCCUCCACUGUCCAAACAUCACAGCGACCUACCGGACAUGCACAGCAUGGACUUCCCCAUGUACGCGUACAAACCCCGGCGUGGAAUGAAACGAGGCGAGGAAAGCAAGGAUACGUACAAGCUUCCUCAUCGGCUCAUCGAGAAGAAAAGACGGGAUCGGAUAAACGAGUGCAUCGCUCAGUUGAAGGAUUUACUGCCCGAACACCUCAAACUUACAACUUUGGGUCAUCUGGAGAAGGCGGUGGUUUUGGAGCUCACGCUGAAGCACGUGAAGACGCUCAGCACGCUGCUGGAGCAGCAGCAGCAGAAGAUCCUGGCCCUGCAGAGCGGCAUGCAUAUCGAGCAACCUCUGGUCAGCCAGGAGAAGUCAGAGGAGAUGUUCCGCUCCGGCUUCCACAUGUGCGCCAAGGAGAUCCUCCAGUAUCUUGCAAGUCGUGAGAGCGACGGCGACUUUGCGUCGUCCCACGUCAUCAACCACCUUCAUAAGUUGGCCGCCGACGUGCUCCAACAGAGUCCAAAGCGACCCCGUUCACCCGUCAGCCCUCCGCCCCAAGAGACCCCCGCUUACAGCCAGCACCAAACCUACAAGGAGGCGCCUGCCAGCUCGCCACCGAAACACAGUGAGGGCUACGGGAGGGUGCCCGUCAUCCAGCGGGCGCACGCUCCUCCGAGCAGCGAGCAGAGCGGCAGCGACACGGAUACGGACAGCGGCUAUGGCGGCGAGCUGGAGAAGAACGAGUGCAGCGCCCCUCAGAGGCGGCCGGACUACUACGGCCAGGAGGGCAAGCUGAUGAAGCGCGGCGCCGAGAGGCAGAGCUCCGGCGUCAAGCGGGAAGACGACGAGCCGCGGCACAAGCAAGCCCGGGCGGAGUCGUCCGAGGACGAGCUGCUCUCGGGCGGCGAAUCCUCCUCCUCCUCCAGCGGCUACGGCAGCUACAUGAGCGUGUCCCCCAACCAUCCGCCACCGCCCCCGCAUCCCCUCUGCAUGCCCUUCUACCUCAUCCCGCCCUCCGCCGCCGCCUACCUGCCCAUGCUGGAGAAAUGCUGGUACCCCGGGAGCUUGCCCAUGAUGUACACGGGCAUCGGGGGCUCCGCCAGCGCAGCCCUUGACGAGAGGCCGCCCCCGCCGGCUGCGUCUUCCAGGGGAGGCUCUCCGUCCCCGGCCGUAACCCAGACGCCCAUGGACUCCCCCGCCCUCCUUCAGGCGCUCAAACAGGUACCGCCCCUCAACCUGGAGACCAAAGACUAAGAACACGUUGUCCUGAAGUGCAUCCAUCACUUCGCUCUUCAUCACGGAAUGUAGAAAGCAUCAAGCGAGGAACAGGAGUAGCGGAGUCCGAACGGUUGAAUGUCAAAUGGACCUUGCUCUACACACACACACACACACACACACACACACACACACACACACA